AUGAAGCCCAACUACUCGACGGGCAACGACCGCUUCGACAGCGAGGCCGCCACCUGGGACACCAAGCCGGAAGUCGUCGAAUCCUCGCGCCUCUGUCUGACGAGCAUCCUCUCGCACACUCGCACGCACUUCCCUGCGCUCUCCGCCGCCAAUGUGCUCGAGAUCGGCUGCGGCACGGGCCUGCUGACCGUCCCACUCGCUGCGCACGUCGCACACAUCACGGCGCUCGACACCUCACGCGGCAUGAUCGAUAUGCUGCACGUCAAGGUCGCCGAGCAGCAACACUCGCUGCAGGGGAAAGUGAAGGCCGAGGUCAAGCUGCUGCAAACGGCCGACGAUCCCGUGCUAGGCGGGGAGCGGUUCGACGUGGUGCUCAGCCAUUUAGUGUUUCACCAUGUCCCAGAUAUGUCAGAGUUGGUCCGGGUAAUGUGGGGGACGCUGAGGCAAGGGGGGAGGCUGUGGAUCUCGGAUUUUGAGGAUGAUGGGCCACAGGCAGAGGCUUUUCAUCCCAAGGACAAGCAUACGGGCGUCGAACGUCACGGACUGAAGCGUUCCGAGAUGCACCAGAUUCUCACUCAAGCAGGCUUCGAACAGGUAGAGGUCUUCGAGAGCUUCAGGCUCAGCAAAACAGUUGAAUCAGGCACGACGCAAGCCUUUCCAUUCCUAGCCAUCACCGGUGUUCGACCUUGA